AUGCCGCGCGCUGCUGCUGCUGGUCAUGCCGAUAAGCCGAAAGGUCGAACGACCGCGUAUGCCUUUUUCAUGAAGCUGAUGAGCGAAGAGCAACGAAAGAAGAAUCAGAGCGUAGCAUUCACGGAACUUACGAAAAUGUGCUCUGAGCGAUGGAAGAACAUGUCCGAAAGCGAAAAACACAAAUUUCAAGUGAUGGCCAAUGAGGAUAAAGUGAGAUACGAUAAUGAGAUGAUGGGCUACGUCCCAGGACCCACGGACACGAAAACAUCGUCGAAGAGGAAGAAGAAAGAUCCGAAUGCUCCGAAGCGUGCUAUGUAUCGAAUCCUGGACGAUUGGCUGAACGGCUACAAAGGUUCCUUGAGCCUGCGGCAACCCGCGUUCAAAGACGACGACUAUUUGUAG